GGUACUCGCUAUCUCACACGGACCGCAGCCCAGUUGCUGUAUCGUCAUUUUAUAGGUUAGCCCGUUCUGGCCACUAUACUCGUAGUGGUUGUUGUUUCUGUUUGUUUCGGGAUAACGUCCUAGGAAGCGAAAAAAAAAAUGACGAAAGGUACGUCGAGUUUUGGUAAACGCCACAAUAAGACGCACACUCUGUGUCGUCGGUGCGGCCGUUCGUCUUACCACAUCCAAAAGUCCAAGUGCGCACAGUGCGGAUACCCCAGCAAGAAAUUGCGUCAUUACAACUGGAGUGUCAAGGCUCAACGCAGGAAGACCACCGGAACCGGUCGUCUGAGGCACUUGAAGAUUGUUCGUCGUAAAUUCAGGAACGGUUUCCGCGAAGGCACCCAAGCUAAACCCAGAAAUAGGCAGAGUUAAUCAUGUUAACUGUUUUGUAAAACAACCAAUAAAAAAUAAAAAACAAACGUUUGUAAAA